AUGAAAGCCGGUCCCCUUCUCAUUACCUGGCACAACGAAAGCCAACCAAUAUACUCUGUACACUUCGACCCUCACGGUAAAGGACGCCUAGCAACUGCUGGAAAUGACAACAAUGUUCGAUUAUGGAGCAUUGAAGCUCAAGGCGACGAGAGAAAAGUUACAUACCUUUCCACACUCACAAGACAUACCCAGCCUGUCAAUGUGGUGCGGUUCUGUCCCAAAGGCGAGAUGCUAGCUUCGGCCGGCGACGAUGGCAAUAUCCUACUUUGGGUUCCUUCCGAAUCCUCUAUGACUACCUUGACCGAAGAGCAUGCCGAUGACAAAGAAACGUGGAGGAUCAAGCACAUGUGUCGAACAUCUAGUGGAGCAGAGAUAUAUGAUCUGGCCUGGUCACCAGAUGGGCAGUACUUCAUCACUGGAGGAGUCGACAACACCGCGAGAAUCUUCAGUGCACAUACUGGUGCCAUGAUCCGUCAAAUAGCAGAACACAACCAUUUUGUGCAGGGGGUCGCCUGGGAUCCACUCAACGAGUUUGUUGCCACGCAAUCAUCGGACCGUUCGGUUCACAUAUAUGCCCUCAAGCUCAAGGAUGGCACGCCGACAUUAUCCAGUCAAGGGAAGUUCAACAAGAUGGAUUUGCCUGCACGGAGAAUAUCUUCGAACAGUCCGGCUCCUCCAGCAGACUUACCACAUCGAACUUCGAAUGCUGGCGGCAACAACCUCGCCAUUGCUUCUCCGGCGCCUUCCAACCCUGGCACACCCCUUACCACAGCCCUGCCGAUGGAUCCCCCUAUGCUGACCGCUAGUCGACGGUCAUCGUUCGGGUCCUCGCCGUCCUUCCGCCGCUCUGCUUCACCGGCACCUUCGCUCCCAUUACCUGCGGUAAGGCCGGAGAUCUCAUCGCCUAGCCUCAACGCUGCGAUGGGUCUUGCCGUGAAAAACACAAACCUGUAUCAUAACGAGACCAUGACCUCUUUUUUCCGCCGGCUCACCUUCUCUCCUGAUGGAAGUCUAUUGUUCACACCAGCAGGCCACUACAAGACAUCGUUCCCUACGGCAAGUGAUCCAACUAAGACUACCGAAGAUGUUGCAAACACAGUUUACAUUUAUACCCGGGCUGGAUUCAACAAACCGCCGGUGGCGCAUUUACCAGGCCACAAGAAGCCGUCCGUCGCCGUCAGAUGCUCUCCAAUCCUGUAUACCUUGCGUACAACGAAUAAAGCAACGAAUCAUAUUACCAUCGACACUUCGUCGGCCGCCGAAGAGAUUCCUUUGCUCCCAGAUCCCAUUGUGCCACAGAGCUCUUCGACGUUCAAAGAACCUGCGCCACUUUCAAUUACGACAUCUGCUCCCGAAUCGAUGGCUGCUCCAUCCCCAAAGGCCGCGGUGGAAAAUGACGCGGUCAACCCAGCAUCCACUCCCGCAUUUUCCUUGCCCUAUAGGAUGGUGUAUGCGGUUGCAACUCAAGACGCAGUGUUCGUCUACGAUACACAGCAAACCACGCCUUUGUGCGUAGUGAGUAAUCUUCAUUAUGCAGCCUUCACCGACUUGACAUGGUCCAACGAUGGUCUCACAUUGCUCAUGUCCUCAACGGACGGAUACUGUUCAACCUUGGCCUUUCAGCCUGGCGAACUAGGUCAGGUAUAUACAGGGCCGCAUCCGACAUACAAUCAUCCCGUUGUUUCCACUUCGAUCGCCCUGCCAACCUCAUCUUCCAGUUCCACACCCAUACCGACACCGACCGCGGCAGCUUCGCCAUCAUUGACCAAAGCAUCGCCAGCCCCUGUGCCACCUUCCCACCCAUCUCCAGCACCGUUUAUUCUUCGUCCAGGCAGCCCAGCGCGGUCCAACUCGCAAUCCUCGAUAGCAACGAUGGCAUCGAUCCAGGCUUCCAAUCUUACCAACCAUCCCACUCCCACCAUGGGUCAUGUGCCGCUUGUCACAGCUGCGAGCUCAGGGCCUCCUGUUGCCGUGCCUCCCAUGUCAACCCCACCCCAAACACCAGCAAGUCUACACGGUGGCCACCAUUCUGCCACUAGCUCUGUCAGCGGAGGAAUUUUAGGGAAGCGAGAUGUUGGAACAGCAAGCGAAAGUGAGAAGGAGGAGAGCAAAUCCAAGAGACGGAGAAUUGCUCCAACUCUUGUGGGACCCUCAGGAUCAGAGGAAAUUCCGAAGUCGGAGGAAAAGGCCUAG